AUGGCACCUUCAAGAGGACAAGAAGAAGAAUCGCCUUCUUCAGUCGACGCAUCAUCAUCAUCAUACCCCUCGAAAGUAGUACAAACACUCGAGGCACAUUCAGGUCCUGUAAACGUCAUAAAAUACAAUCAUGGAGCCAAAUACCUGUUAUCUGGUUCGUCAGAUAGGAGCAUCAGAUUAUGGAAUCCUACUUUGGGUAAAGAGAUUAAAUGUUAUAAUGGACACGCUCAAGAGGUAUUAGCGUUGGAUAUUACUCACGAUAACUCCAAAUUCGCUUCUUCAGGAGGUGAUCGAGCUGUUUUCUUAUGGGAUGUACCUACUGGAGGUGUCAUUCGUAGAAUGCAAGGGCAUUUCGGUAAGAUCAACGCUGUCGGAUUCAGCCCAGAUUCUCAAGUACUAGCCAGUGCUGGAUUCGACGCUAAAGUCAUGUUGUGGGAUAUGAGAGCUGCAUCCCGUGAUCCCCUUCAAACACUUAAAGAAGCCACAUCAACAGUAACUUCCCUCAUCUUACCCAAUGGUUCACCUCAGAUCAUCACUGGUUCAGCUGAUGGUUUUAUUCGAACGUACGAUCUACGAUUCGGUUUAUUGACCGAAGAUUUAAUUGGAGAAUCAAUCGUUUCAAUUCGAUUAUCGCCCAACAACCCUGAAGAAAGUAUAUUAGUCGCUACCAAUAACGACGAUGCAUCAGAACCAGAAGGUGGGAGUAAGAUCAGGAUAAUGGACAGAAAAGAUGGUUCUUGUUUACAGACUUUUCAAGGUCAUUCGGUAAAUGGUAAAUGGGGUAUGGCCUGGGGUUAUGGUGAAAAAUCAAUUGUAGCUGGAGAUAAAGAUGGAGGUCUCCAUUCAUGGAACGUAUUAGAUGGGAGACCGCUACCUGAUCAUCCGAAAUCAAUACACAAAAAAACGAUCACUGGAAUUGAGAUAAAUCCCAAAGGAAAAGAAAUGAUCACUUGCUCAUUAGACGGCACGAUCAAAGUAUGGCACAAGUAA